AUGGGGAUAGAAAUACUAAAUCCUUUCAUCUUCAGACUUUGGUGCGUAGAAACCAUAAUAGAGUAUGUUAGAGAUGAGUCUUGGUCUACUGAUCCAGAUAUUCUCCAGGAAGAAGCCCUCUCAUUUUACAAGAAUCUCUUUGGUAUAACGGAAGAUGUUAAGGUUGAUUGUUUAGGGAAUGUUCUGAUUCCCACUCUAAGCACCGAGGCUUGUGAUAUGUUAAUUGACCCGGUCUCUUUUGCAGAAGUCAAGUCAUCAGUAUUCAGCGUGAGCCCUUUUAAGGCUCUUGAUAUUGUUAGUCCUUUACAAGGAGGUUUUAUUCCGAGUCGUGGUGCUCCUGAUAAUAUUAUCGUGGCCCAAAAAAUUCUAAAUUUCAUGAAGCACACAAAAUCCAAGAAAGGUACCCUUGCUUUUAAAAUUGAUCUUCAAAAAGCUUAUGAUAGGGUGGAUUGGAGGUUUUUAGAGAGUACUCUCAUUACUUUUGGUUUUCCUAUCAUCACUGUUAAUUUGAUUAUGAAUUGUGUCCGUGCAUCAUCUCUUUCUAUUAUGUGGAAUGGGAAUAGAUUGGAUAGUUUUUCUCCUAAAAAGGGGCUUAGACAGGGCGAUCCAAUAUAUCUUGGAGUUAAUCUUAAUCAUUUUCGUACCAGUAGGGCUUCUUUUCACUCAGUGAUUGAAAAUGUGAGGGGAAGAUUUUGCCUGAUCAAUUCUGUUGCAGCAUCCAUUCCUGUCUUUCAUGUGCAAGUAUCUUUUUUUCCAAAUUGGGUUUGCGAUAAAUUGUCUUCUAUGAUGAGACAGUUCCUUUGGAAGGGUCAUGUUGAUGACAUAGGUCUUUUUCUUGUUAAUUGGAGGACCGUGAUCACUCCAAAGAAAUUUGGUGGCUUGAGUGUUAGAGAUCCUGCGUGUGUUAAUAUAUAUUUACUUGGUGAAUUGGUUUGGCAACUUUUUCAUUGUCAAGACAAGCCUUGGGUUGCUCUAUUGAGGGCAAAGUAUCUAAGAAAUGAUGGAGUUUUAGAUGGCCCUGUCCAUUGCAACGCUUCUCAUGUUUGGAAGAGUAUCUCAAAGGCUUUUGGUGCUCUUAAGGAUGCCUUCUCUUGGUGCGUUGGGUCACUUGACCAAUUUUUUUGGUCUGACAAUUUGAGUAUUGAAGGUCCAAUUGCUCAAGAUGCCCCUUUUGUACAUAUAUCUAACUCUGAUUUAACUAUUAAAGAUGUUUGGAAAGAUGGUCAAUGGAAUCUCCAUGAUGUUUUCUCUAACAUUCCAAAAGAUGUUAAACAACGUUUGAAUGCUUAUAAUCUGAAUUUGAAUGUUGGAGAGAGUUUGGGUUGGUCGUGGGGUGUGGCAUCUUCUAGACUCUACUUAGCUAGGAGUGGGUACAGUUGGUGUAACAUCCUAAUUAGCCUAACCCUUACUUCACGUCGUAAAGCAAAGGUUAAUCAGAGAUUAUGA